UUUACUGUCACCUCAAAUAUGUCCAAUAUAUAUAUGGCUUGGAAUUACAUGCAACAACUAAAUUUAUGUUCAACGAAAAUAAUUUUAAAUUCAUCAAUAUUAAGGUAAAAAGAAUUAAGAAUAGAGCCUUGACCCUAAAAAGUAUAAGUACAACAUAAUCUAUAUGCUAAAACUAGUGAUAAAUACAAAGGAAUUAAAUGACUAUCUAGAAUAACAAGUUAAUUAAUUAACAAAUCAUGAACAUAAGAAACCAACAACUACUCUGACUUAGGCUCCGUUUGGUAGGGCGUAAAAUGUUUUCAUUGUAAAAUGAUUUCCCAUGGAAAACAUUUUUCAAGGGAAAACACAAUUCCAAACUAGUUUUCCUUUGUUUGGUAACUCAAAGGAAAAUGGGAGAAGAUGGUGAAGAUUGAGGGGAAGAAAGAAGAGGGAGGUAAGGAGGAAAGAAGGAAAAGUGGUUUCCCUCCCUUUCAAAAGGAAAAGGGUUUUCCACCUUUUAGGGAGUCAUGGAAAAUUAUUUUACAUCCCUUAACCAACCAAACAACGUAAAAUGAGAGGAAAAUCGUUUUUCAUGAAAACGUUUUACGCCCUACCAAACGGAGUCUUAGUAAAACUGAUUAUCCCAACGUAGUCUUGUCUCCAACAACUAUCAAAACAUCCAGAGUAAUCGACCAAUGAGGUUUUAGUUUAUCGGUUAAAAUUGAGGACAUAUUACGUUAAUAUCACAUGUUUGUAAUUUCUAUAUCGUAUUUGCAUUCGCCAAAAGAAACUGUUUGAAUUAAGAAGUAGUCAUCGACUCAUAGACUCCUAGGACAUGCAUAAUUCGAGCGGUUUUGGAAUCUCUAGAGUUCUAAAAUAACUCUACGAGAUAGAGUUUGAGCAUAUCAACCAUUGAAUGAAAAAUCAAUGGUUCAUAUAUUAUCUUUCCAACCCCCCUAAUUUUUCUCAUCAAUAUGAGCCAUUGAUUUUAAAAUGUAUGGUUUAGAUACAACUCUACCUUGUAGAGUUUUAUUAAAACUCUAGAGGAUCUGGACUCAAUUCGAGCCACGUACAAAUUUCACUAUUGAAAUAAAGUUGUGAAGCCAAUACUAAUUUAAAACACAUAAUUAGUCAAAGGGGUUAAGUAAUUUUAGACAUUUUUGCAAAAUAAGUUGUUGGUUAGUUCUCAUAUUUAGACCAAAAACAAAAGGAAAGGGUCUAGUAAUGACCACGUUCCCUUUUUUGACUUGGACGUAGAUGGACCGUUCGGGUCCAUAUAAAUUCUACUCCGUACGUAAUUCUGAAUUUCAUUAUUGGUUAUCCGGUUUGUAAAGAUGCAGAAAUUACAAUCAAGUUUUGCUGUAAAAGCUUUUGUAAUAAUCUUAUUUCUACUAGCCAGCUUUGCACCAGAUUUUACACUAGCUAGAGCUACCAAUGUUGGCUUGCAAGAAGCAGCUCCGCCGCCACCACCUCCAGGUCCGCCACCACCAGAAUUUACCCUACCUACUAACGUUGGCUUGCAAGAAGCAUCACCAUGGUUCUCUUCCACUGAUUACAAGGUCCGUUAUGGUAACAUACUAGCAGAGGAGAGAACAAGAAAUAGAAGAACAAGACCAACGACUCCGCCACCACCACGAGAGGGUGUUGCAAAUCAUCAAGUCUUGCCACCAACAACAUUUGUUCCUUCACCACCUCCACCUCCACCUCUACCUCCAACUUAUGCAUAGAGGAAACGGGGGAAUCCACCCCCUCUUUUUUCCUACCAACUACGUCAUCUCUGAUCUGUUCUGAUCUAAUUUGAAUAAAAAAAGUUAUAAUUUAAUUUAAUUAUUUAAUUUAUUGCUUUGGCACAAUCACACGUUUACAUAGAUUACAAUUGAGAUAUGGACGUCCAAUUAUUUUAGCAUCGUAUACUAUCAAUCUUUGUUUUUUUAUUAGUUGUUAAGUUUUUUAUUUGGAUAAUCAUAAUUCAUAAUUAAGAUGAAAUUGCUACCUACCUCUCGUAGAAGGGUAGUUGUUAAGUUUCUUUAGUCACUCUUGU